CAGGAGGCAUAUAAUAUAAUCUGAAGCACUCGCCGAAUUGCUCCACCGGCAGCAUGUCGUACCUGGCGGCAUCGACUCAUUUCAAUAACUGGGUCUUCUCGGCGGAGGAGCUAGCGCGUGUACGGCGUCUGCAGCAUGUAAAGACUAAGCGAGCAUUGCGUCUGGAGCGUGAGGAAGCUCAGAAGCCUGAAGCAUCGGCUGGCAGUAGCCGCAAAGCCCGGUCUUUCGCUGGUCUAGUGCCUCGCUCGUCGACUGCUGUGCGCGAUACUUUCGACUGGAAUGACGAAGUAGACGUGGAUCUCUCGGCGCUGGAAGAAGCAGAGGAGAAGGCCAAUUUGCAGCUAACGCCUCUGCUGGAGUUCCUAAAUCCAGAGCAGGAAACGCUGCUGCGAGUUUUCUACGAGGAAAAGAUCCAGGAGAGCUGUAGCGCUCAGUUCCUGCGCACAUCAGACAAGGUCAAGUGCUGCGCUAUGAUGCUGUUCAAGAGGUUUUAUCUGAGCAACAGUGUGAUGGAGUUUCACCCCAAAUAUCUCGUCCCAACUGCCAUUUAUGUGGCUGGCAAGGUCGAGGAGCAGUACAUGUCUGUGGACACAGUCGCCGACCAGCUCCAUGUGGACCACAAGUUCAUUAUUGGUCACGAAAUGAUCUUGCUGGAAGGUGUGCGCUUCCAGCUCAUCAUGUAUCACCCAUUCCGUACAUUAUUGGGCUUUUUGGACGACUUCCGAGCCUUCGCCAAGCAAGUGCUGAAGAAGGACCUACCUGCGACUGUCCUGCAAAAGCUGCACGCCAAUUCGACUGCAAUGUUGAAUGAUAUGCUGCUCACAGACUUGCCACUGCUGCACUACCCGUCGUAUUUGGCGCUUGCAGCGUUGUGGCAUGUGACGGACGAGGUUGCUGCCAGUAGCGGCGAAAAGGCUUGUGGGCUGGCGAGCGCCGAUGUAUUGGACUACAUUAAACGCAGCAAAUUCUCAAAGGACCAGCCUGUGGACGAAGUACCCGAUCGGUUGCAGAGGAUUACUCAGGCGUUCCAAGUGUUGAAAAUGGAGAAGCAAAAGGGUGGCGAGGAGGCGGCGCAACGUCAUGCCAAACAAAUUAAGCAAAUCUACAAGAAGCUCAAGCAGUUCCACAAGGAGGACGAGAAGAAAGACAAAAAGAAGGAUAAGAGCGGCAAGAAGAAAGAUAAGAAGCGUAAGGACGGAUCCAAGGACGACAAGAAGAAGGCCAAAAAGCAGAAAAAGGAUAAGUCUUAGUCACGUGCUGUGCACCGCUUCGGUGUUGAAGGACUGCAGCGCUAUAUCAUAGUACAUGGAUUGCACUUGGCAAUAUUGCUAUUCAUCUACCUCCUCGUUGUCCUCAUCCUCUUCAUCUUCGUCGUCGUCACUACCUUCUUCUUGUUGCUCUGCUGCAAGCUUCUCGCCUGAAAGUAUUAUAUACAUGAAUUAGAUCCGCACAGCAACUAGAUAUGAAUACUUCAACGUACGCA